CUGGGAGCAGCCCCUUGUUCUCAGCAGCUGCUAAAAGAUUCAGCCACACCCUGACUUUUUGCUCUUUUGACCCACAAAGGGUUAAAAGAAGCAGACGGCACCUAUAGGAUGUGGAUUUAGCAACACCUCCAAGGUGGCACAGGAAUCUUAUCUUUAUUAAUGAGCACAUGCCAUGCAAACAACCAGCCCUCCUGGAACUUGCCAGCCUUCCCUAAUAAAAGGAGAAAGACCUUUGCCUCACCUGUUUCUCAGUUCACCCUCAUCUCCUUUCCUUCAAACAUCUCUGAUACAUUUCUUGUGAGCCCUCAUGACCUGCUCACCACUUCUCCCAGCUUUUCUCCCCAGGAAAGCGGCUGGGUGCAGGGAAGACGGUGGGACCGGCCCAGAGAGGGAGGCAGAACUGCAAGCUGCAGGAGGGGAGAGGAUCUGCAGGAGCAGCCAUAAUCCCUAUGAACAAGCCUGGUUAUGGGGCUCUGAAGUCACCCUCCGACAUGUUACGAAGAUCCUGUUCCAGGAAAUGAGCAGAGCAUCCUCUGGGAUGAGCAUUUCACAGGUCUGGCCCUGGGCCCGCACAUGGGAGCCAUUCCAUCGUACAGGGCAGCUAAUUCCCUGCAGGACAGAGAUCCCCCAGGAUCCCUGUGCCCUGCUGCCAUCCCUGCACCGACAGCGCGGGAUCAGCCCCGCUCCUCCCAGCCUGCCCGGGAAGAGCAAACAGCCUCGUGCCCGGGGAAGCUUGAUGGAGCUGGAAAGCGAAGAGGAGCCGCUUUUGAACGCGGCGGCGAACAGACCUGCAACACCGGCUCUGCCCCUCCGGGCUCCGAACCCCCCUGGCGAGGUUUUCAGAAGACAGAGCAGGAGGAACCCUUGGCUGCUUUGGGAGAAGCUGGGUACAGCUGGGAGCAGGUGGAGGAGGAGCCCCUGGAAAAGUCUGAGAUCCAGCUCCAGGGAAAAGUCGGGAGCAGCCCCUGAUGGACCACCCUGCAUCGGCAGCCCUCCCGGAGGAGAGAGUGACUCUUCUUCUCUGGCCUCCGUCCUGGUACCCGCCAGGCUUAGUCCUGUCCUAAGGAGGUCCUCGGCUCCAGCUUUGCCCUCUUCUCUCCCCCACGUUUCCCUUUAAUGAAUAUACCAUGUUUCCCUUUUUGC